AUGACAUUGAGCUUCUCACCCCUUACACCACCACCAGAACCCUCAGACCGUGCUCUGAUGUUGACGUACGGCUCUGCAGAGCGGCAGUACUUCAUCCAGUCCAAAAAUCUCACCUGGGACGAGGCCAGAAAAAACUGCCAGAUGUGCUUCAAAGACCUGGUGACUGUGACCCCUGAAAACACCCAGAUCUUUGCCCGAAGGAUCAACUAUGAACACUGGAUCGGCCUUCGCAAGAACUUCGACCCCAAAAGCAACUCCACUAGCAUUAGCACCAGCACUCCAACCAGCUACCCCGCUAGGACUCCAACCAGCAACUACACUAGCACUCCAACCAGCAACUACACUAGCACUACAACCAGCUACCCCACUAGCACUCCAACCAGCUACCCCGCUAGCACUACAACCAGCAACUACACUAGCACUCCAACCAGCUACUCCAUGAGCUACUUCACCAGCUAUGAUAUCAGUGACUCCACCAGUAACUCUACCAGCAAACCCAGUAUGCCCUGGACCCGCUGGGCCAAUGGGGACCCCCUUGCCUUUCAGAAUUGGUACCCUGGUUGGCCGGUGUUCAAAUCCUCCUUCCCAAGGAGAGACUGCUGCAGCUGCUCCUGUACCUGCCCCGCACCAGAAGCUAGCUCAACUACCUCUGUGGUAAUGAGCCUCACCAGAACCACAGAAUCCACAACCCAAAGCAUGACAACCUCUACCAGACAAUACACAACCGACAACACAACGGAUACCACCAACUUCACUGGUCAAAUUGUGACAAACUCCACUGGACAGAACACAACGGAUAUCACCAACUCCACUGAUCAAAGCAUGACAAACUCCAUCGGACAGUACACAAUUGACAGCACAACGGAUACGACCAUACAGUACACAAUUGACAGCACAACGGAUACCACCAACUUCACUGGUCAAAUUGAGACCAACUCCACUGGACAGUACAACACAUACAACAGCAACUCUACCAGAGUAAACACAACCGAAAGCAUGACUUCCACUACCAAAGGUUUUGCCACAGAUGGACCCACGGCCAGCACAGAUACACGCAAAGCCGCCACAUCUCUGCCGUUAGAAGCGACGUGUUCACGGUCACCUAUGCCGAUGCCCGACGUCCCCGACCCUGAUGAGAAUUACAUCGAAGAUUCUUGUGUGGCCAUGCUCAGCUUUGGGGCUUGGGUUGAAAAGGAGUGCUUCGAGCUUCUGCCUUUUAUUUGUUAUGAAGAUCGUUUCUUUGGUCAAGUCAAUGUGACCAAUAUCACUACCAAGAACGCCACCUUGACCUGGGACCUCGGGCCUGGUGAUAUCAGCCAUUACCGUGUAGAGGUCAAUGGUGACAUACAGCUGGAAAGCAACCUGACAAACACGACCCUGGAUCUUGCCAACCUGACAGCAGGCACCAACUACUCAGUCCAGGUGUUCCCUGUUAAGUGUGAAAGGGACCUCAACCCACAGAACGCCUCCUUCUACACCACACCAAAUGAAGUAAGAAACCUUCGAGUCACAGGAGUAAAGGAAAGAUCCAUCGUUCUGAGCUGGGACAGACCAGAUGGAAACCUAGAGUUCUAUCUUGUUAAGGUCGAGGCUCGGGAGAUGAGGGCUUACAGUGAAACCCAAGAAGUCGAUGGUUUGACACCUGGAAGCUUUUACAAAUUCAUCGUCCUGUCAGGAGUCAAGGACGAAUCCACGUGGAGCGAAGAGUCUUUCGUCACAGCGUACACCAGGCCUGAGAAAGUGUCUCUUCUGAACUUUUCUCGUAGUAACGACUCAGUGCAUUUUACCUGGGAGAAACCUGAGGGGAACUACACGGGCUUCAGGGUGACGGUUUACAAGGACAAGGAACUGAGAACCCCCUUGGCUAACCUUUCACAAGUGGUGGAAGGCCCUCCAUGGCGAGUUCUUGAGACGAAACUACCGAAGGGCGCCGAAGUAACGUUGGCCGUGACAGCGCUGGCCAAUCACACCCUGGAGGGAGACCCCGUAUCUAUGAGCUUCUACACUGCUCCCGGACCAGUUUCAGACCUGACCGUAAAAACAACUGAAGACACGGUUCGAGCGACUUGGAGCCUCCCGCUGACCGAUUUUAAGAGUUACAUAGUCGAGCUAUAUCUGGAUGAUGUAAUACAAAAUACAAGCACAAUAAUGGACAACACAGCUAAUACAACUUGCUUUGAAAAAUUAAAGAUCGCAGCCAACUACACUGUGCUUGUCUACGCUGUUAGUGGAGACCUGUUGAGCCAGUCAGUGGGAGCCUCCAAUUUUACCUUGCCUCGUCCACCUACUAAUGCAGUCGCCACUGACAGGAAUCAUAGCUCAAUCACCUUUACGUGGAAGGCCCCUGAGAACGCAUCGCCAAAUAUCACGUACCUGGUCACACUCAACUCCAUCUUCUGGAACUAUACCCAUAAAGAUAGUGUCUACGGCAGCACCCGCUAUGUAUUUUCAAAUUUGAUAUCAGGAACCACAUAUGAUUUUGAAGUUCGUACAGAGGCAGGUAAUGUGAUGAGUAAUCCGGCCAAAGCAAGAAAUGAAACAGCCAGAGACGAAAGACUGUUGUCCCUGUCCAUGCUGUGCACCUCGGAAACACCUCUCCUCUGCAGUAACUCCACCACGUGGGAGAGCAUACGGAAACAGUUGGAGGACCAUUUCUUUAAGGAGCUUGGGCGCAGCGUUUUCUGGGAACUUAAGUAACCCUUAUGUGGUCGGGAGCACGAAGCGACGCUUUGCAUUUGAUUGUUUGGAAACUGUUCUGGUGAAGGAGUGUUUGACAGUUUGUUUUCUUGUCAACGGCUUUGUUUAAAGACCUGAAUAGUAAGCAGUUGUGUUUAUUGGUUCUUUUAACUACAUAUACGUAUAUACAAAAGUUAAGUGCUAUAAGUUAAGUGUUAAAAAAGUGCUAUAAACAACCUGUUCAUGUUUUGUUUGCUGCAUUACUCUUAUUUUAUUCAUAGCAUCACAUUAUAUACAAUAUUUUCCAACCAGGACGAGAGAAGAAGUAAAUUAAGCUUUGUUAUAAGAGAUACUGGUAAAAAAAAAUAGUGUGACAAAUCUGUAUUUUACUCAAUAUCCGCAUCUGUGACUUGUCACGUCUUUUCCUGGUGUUUUAAAUAAAUGUAUCAAAACAUAAA